ACCACGCUCGCACACCGCAGGUAUCCACCCACAUUGUCUUUGUGUUGCGUGCCCCGCCAAACCCCCGCAACUCUUUCCCCGAUCCGGCGGCGACCACUACCUCGUCGCCGGCCCCAGCGCCACCGCCGCGCCAUGGACCCGGAGGCGGUGCGGAGGACCCUCGAGCCCACUGCUUCCGCCGCGGACAUCUCGGGCUCCACCCCUUACGACUCCUUCGUCAUCAGCGGCGUCCGCCUCGAGGCCGCCGAGCACGGCAGCGUCCUCUGCUCCUUCGUCGUCACCCCCCGUAUCGCCAGCCCCCAAGGGUACCUUCUCAGCGGCGUCACGGCAACGCUCGCCGACCAGUUGGGCUCGGCCGUGUUCUUCUCCAGCGGGGUGGGCACGAGCGGGGUCUCCCUCGAGAUCAGCGUGUCCUACGUCGACACGGCCGCCGUCGGGGAAGAAAUAGAGGUUGAGGCGAAGCUAUUGCGUGCUGGAAAAUCAGUCGGUGUUAUCUCUGUUGAUUUCAGGAAGAAAAGGAGUGGCAAAUUGAUGGCUCAGGCGCGUCAUACAAAGUACCUUGCUGUAUCUAGCAGAUUGUGAGGAUUCCCUUCAGUUGUAAGAUAAAAACAUGGUUUUGUCCAGCUCUUCGCUGCCCUUUAUCAAUAGACAACAGCAACACAAUGUAGUGCUCCAUUGUUUAAGAAAGGCUGGUUAUAUCCAUAUGAAAUUCUGUAACGCAUACCGCUCUGCCCAUUUCAUGUUCGCUUUUCAACCUUUGUCAGAUAAUA